AUGAACAGGCAAGGUAAAUACGACAUUUUCCCUCCACCCCUUGAAAAAAUAAACAAUAAUAAGAAAACCGAAAUCCCAAAAAAAUGCCAAGAAAAGAAAAAAGAAAAUAUAAAAACACAAAAAACAGAAUUUCCUUUCUUAGUAAAUGAUGAACGAAGCAAUGUAAAAAGUCAAAGUGAAAAUAAAUGUUUUAAUAAAAAUGAUAUAACGAAUAUUAAUGAGCAAAUAAAUAAAGCUAAGCCUAAUGUAUUAAAUAAAUAUAAUAACCUAAUUUUAAAUACUAAUGAAAUAAAUAUGAUAAUAGAUGAUAAUUCAAAUUUUAAAGAAUUACUAUCUAAUAAAAAUGUCUCAAAUUUUAUGGACGAAUAUUUAACUUCCCCUCUUGAAGCAAUUGAUAAAUAUAAAAAUGAUAAAACUAUUGCAAAUUUUUUAGAAAUAUUAUUUAAAUAUAUGAAUGCAAAACAAAAGCAUAUUCAUUUAAAUAAUAUUUCCGAAACCUUCACUUUUGGCACAAAAUGA